GCCCCCCGGGCGCCGCGGGGGAUCAUGUCGACAGCCUCCGCCGCCUCGUCCUCCUCCUCGUCUUCUGCCAGUGAGAUGAUCGAAGCGCCCUCGCAGGUCCUCAACUUCGAAGAGAUCGACUACAAGGAGAUCGAGGUGGAAGAGGUUGUCGGAAGAGGAGCCUUUGGAGUAGUUUGCAAAGCUAAGUGGAGAGCAAAAGAUGUUGCUAUUAAACAGAUAGAAAGUGAAUCCGAGAGGAAGGCUUUCAUUGUGGAGCUCCGGCAGUUAUCACGUGUGAACCAUCCUAAUAUUGUAAAGUUGUAUGGAGCCUGCUUGAAUCCAGUAUGUCUUGUGAUGGAAUAUGCUGAAGGAGGCUCUUUGUACAAUGUGCUGCAUGGUGCUGAACCAUUGCCUUACUACACUGCUGCCCAUGCCAUGAGUUGGUGUUUACAGUGUUCCCAAGGAGUGGCUUAUCUGCACAGCAUGCAGCCCAAAGCACUAAUUCACAGGGACCUCAAGCCUCCAAACUUGCUGCUGGUUGCAGGAGGGACAGUUCUGAAAAUCUGUGAUUUUGGUACAGCUUGUGACAUCCAGACACACAUGACCAAUAAUAAAGGGAGUGCUGCUUGGAUGGCACCUGAAGUUUUUGAAGGUAGCAAUUACAGUGAAAAGUGUGAUGUCUUCAGCUGGGGUAUUAUUCUUUGGGAAGUGAUAACACGCCGGAAACCCUUUGAUGAGAUUGGUGGCCCAGCUUUCCGAAUCAUGUGGGCUGUUCAUAACGGUACUCGACCACCACUGAUCAAAAAUUUACCUAAGCCCAUUGAGAGUUUGAUGACCCGCUGUUGGUCUAAGGACCCUUCUCAGCGCCCUUCAAUGGAGGAGAUUGUGAAAAUAAUGACUCACUUGAUGCGGUACUUUCCAGGAGCGGACGAGCCAUUACAGUAUCCUUGUCAGUACUCUGAUGAAGGGCAGAGCAACUCAGCCACCAGCACAGGCUCAUUCAUGGACAUCGCUUCUACAAAUACCAGUAAUAAAAGUGACACUAAUAUGGAACAAGUCCCUGCCACAAAUGAUACUAUUAAACGCUUAGAGUCAAAACUGUUGAAAAAUCAGGCGAAGCAACAGAGUGAAUCCGGACGGCUGAGCUUGGGAGCCUCUCGUGGAAGCAGUGUGGAGAGCUUGCCCCCGACUUCCGAGGGCAAGAGGAUGAGUGCUGACAUGUCUGAGAUAGAAGCGAGGAUCAUUGCGACUGCAGCCUAUUCCAAGCCUAAACGGGGCCACCGUAAAACCGCUUCAUUUGGCAACAUUCUGGAUGUCCCUGAGAUCGUCAUAUCAGGCAACGGGCAACCAAGGCGUAGAUCCAUCCAAGACUUGACUGUUACUGGGACAGAACCUGGUCAGGUGAGCAGUAGGUCGUCCAGUCCUAGUGUCAGAAUGAUCACUACCUCAGGACCAACCUCAGAGAAGCCAGCUCGCAGUCAUCCAUGGACCCCCGAUGACUCCACAGAUACCAAUGGCUCAGAUAACUCCAUCCCAAUGGCGUAUCUUACACUGGAUCACCAGCUACAGCCUCUAGCACCAUGCCCAAAUUCCAAAGAAUCCAUGGCAGUGUUUGAACAACACUGUAAAAUGGCACAGGAGUAUAUGAAAGUUCAAACGGAAAUUGCGUUGUUACUACAGAGAAAGCAAGAACUAGUUGCAGAAUUGGACCAGGAUGAAAAGGACCAGCAAAAUACAUCUCGUCUGGUACAGGAACAUAAAAAGCUUUUAGAUGAAAACAAAAGCCUUUCUACUUAUUACCAGCAAUGCAAAAAACAACUAGAGGUCAUCAGAAGCCAACAGCAGAAGCGACAAGGCACUUCAUGACUCUCUGGGACCGUCACAUUUUAAAAUAUGCAAAGACCUUUUUUAAGAAAAGACAAACCAUUAUGACAAUUCAUGAGUGUUAGCUUUUUGGCGUGUUCUGAAUGCCAAAUGCCUAUAUUUGCUGCAUUUGUAUGUCAUUUAUUUUUUUUCUUAUGGUGGAUAUACAGUCCACUGUCUUGUUACGUAAGAUGAUAGCACCUGUGGCUUGGAAAGGCAAGAGUUCUCAAUUUCAGAGAACAUGCAGUAAACUUGGCUGUAUAUGCAUGCUCCUGGUGUGAGCUAGCUGACAGGGGGGUAUCACACUAGCUACUGUGUGCAAGCAUCGUCCUUUUUUCUGUAGUAAAAGGUGGAACCUCAAGGAUGUUCUUCUUAGAGCUCAUCUCAAAAGUCUGCUAUUUUCCAAAAGCUGGUGUGCACCAAUGUAAAGACAGGGUAUUAUAAAUAACUGGUGGUACAUUACGGAAGUACAGAACGUUUAAGCUGAGUUCAAAGACAGGGUUUUGUGCCAACACAUCCUGGAGCAAUAUUAAACAUAGUUCCAUCUGUUAAUAUUAAAGGUAAGUGGUGGCAGCUGUGUUUAAUGAAAGCAAGUUUAGUGAUUUUCUUUAGGCUAAACAUCGUUUAUGAGAUACUGAAUAUGUGCUCUUUUGUAUGCCCUAAGGAUUUUCAGUUCUGUGUAGAAACAGAAGCUUUUCUGACUUUUAAUAUUAGUAUCAGAUGAAAUUGAAAGAACAUGGUCUAGCUUAAAUGAUCCUUACAACAAUUAUUGAAUCGUGUUAUGGUAUAUUCGAAGAAAAUUGAAAAAUAAUGGAAACAUAAAUGAUUGGCCCAGCCAAAAAGGCAUGUCUGCUUAUGAUAGCAAAUAAGCAGACCAAUCAGGAGACCUGAGGAAGGAAGAUGAAGUGAAAACCCACUUUCCGUAGAUAUUUGGAGGAUUGAUUUCUCUGAAGUCCGAUCUGGAAUGACUGCUACCUUCCCAUACUUUUAAGAGAAUUUCAGCACUUACAAAGAAAAUAUUUAUAUUGUUAACAUUAAGUUUACUACCAACCUUCAAAAUAACUUAAAGGUAAAUAAUAAAAUGCCAUUGAAAAAAAAAUUCCCUAAGCUCUAUUUUUUCAGUCCAUGUUACUACAUUUUGAUACCAGUUUGAGAAUGUCUUUUAACUAAGGCUGCCGUCAGUCUUGCUUUUAUAGUGUUCAUGUUUGUAAAGAGAACACUUUGGAACUGAAAGCAUGAUUGCUGUGGUCCUUAGACAUCUAUCAUGUUCCUGCUCUGUUUCAGAGGAGCACAAGAAGCUAUCAAAAUUGUUCUUUAAAAUGCUGAAGCAGGUAACUUUUCUUCCAUUAUUUUUUCCUCUCUGAGUUUUAUAAUGAAUCCCUUCUGUAUACAAAUAAAGGUAUAGGGCAAUUUAUAGUAACAUGUGCCUUCCUCCUGGGAGCUAAGUGUCUUCUUUCACUUAAGUAAAGGUUAUCGGUCCCAAAUUCUAUCAGGUGAAAUUAAUUUAAGCCCAGCAUUAAUAGUUGAAAUAAAAAUGACAGAGAAAAUGAGAUAGCUGUAGACUGAGAUGCCAAAGACCAGAGUCUCCCUGACACUGCACCCCAGGGGUGUGGUCUCUUUUAGGCAGCAUGUCAAAAGUAUCUCGAAAUAUGAGUGCUGAGUUUGACUUUCCAUUAGAUUUCAUGUUACAUGGUUAUAAUCUCAGUUCUAACCAGAAAUUUAUUUUGCAAGGUCAUCCUAGAACUAAAAGGAUAUUUUAUCUGCAUCAUCGUAAGCAGUCACUUGAUAAAAGUAUCCAAACAGGUAAAUGGAAGAAAAUACUAAAUU